ACCAUUACUUGUAACUGGUCGUUACCGUUACUUGUACGGUAACUGCUUACACGUUACCGUUACAAAGAACGGUAACCGACCAGCAAUUACAGUUACUGUAACGAUAAUGGUAACUGUCACAGCCCUAACUUUGUUGUAGUUACAAAAAUAUUCCCGUCGAUUUACUACAUAUGAAAUUGAGGAUAGCAGAUAUUCUAUUGAAACAAGCAAUCAAAGUGCUUGUCAACUUCCUGUAUCCUCAUCAAUUACGAUAGACGAAGCCGAAUUGCAAUUAAAAGGUGCAUUUACCUUUUUCACCGAAUUUUCAAAAGAAACCAAAACACACAUUCAAUUUUCACUAGAAAACAAUAAAAUCUGUGUUGCUAGUUCAACGACUCGUGCGAGACACGAAAAAUUUACUCGUCAUAUGCCAUUAGAAAUUAUUAUUAAAGACGAAGAAAAAGCAAAAAAAAUUUCUCAACUUAUCAAAGACUUUUUUGACAUACUCGAUCAAUGUAAAAUCAGUACCGCUCUACUGGAACAAGAACAUGUGUUCAAUUUAAAACAGAGAUGUGAGCAAUGGGGUCUCGAUUAUGCUCGUCUUUUCGGCGUUGAUCAGAUUACACCUCUACAAGGUGUCGAACGUCUUAAUGAAUUGCUUACACGAGAUUAUUUCGGUGGAUCAAACAGGAAAGGCGAAUUUUUUAAACAGAUGAUAUGGAAAAGACUGUGUCAGAUGUGGCUAUCUUUAACAAGAACUCAACUUUCUCAUCUCCGUGAAGCAUGGGAAGUAGGUGAUGACGCCAAUAAUGAUUAUGAAACAUCGGAUGAUGAAGACUAUGAUGAAAAUGGAUUUGGGUUCAAUGAUAUUUAUAAUAAGUCAGACGAAGAAAUCGAUUUGGAUGACAAAUAUAGUCAAUUACCAUCACAAGAAUUAGACCUCAUCGUAUCUAACGAUGUAAAAUCAACGAAAUCAAAUGACAAUUGUUAUUCUUCAAAUGAUUCUCUGUCAUCUAUAGCCCUUUCUUGUGAUCCAAUUACAAAUUCAGAUAAUUCAUCAACUCCACCUGGUUUUUCCAAAAAUCAGUUGCAUUGGCCCGUGUGGUCAAUCGAAAAUUACAAUAUGACUGGAAGACGAAUGUAUCCAAUAACACUAGUCGCGUUUGAAAAUGAAAGUACUGCUCUUUGUGGACAAAAGGUUGUGUCUCCUUAUACAAAAAACAAAGAACAGACCCACAGAAAACGCCUUAAAGUUUAA